AUGACCGCUCUUUGGGAGAAAUUUUUCAGGCUGAAACAGGGAUUUCGUUGGUGGAAUCGACAUGUAUUUGGAGAUAUUUUCCAACGGGUGUGGGAAGCUGAGGUAGGGUUUGAUGAGACUGAGAUACUAUAUGAUAGAGACCCUACACCGGAGCAUUGUGACUUACUACAUCAUGCUCAGGCAGUUUUGAACCGAAUCUUGUCUAUUGAGGAGGGUUUUUGGAAGCAAAAGGCCAGCUCAUGUUGGGUAUGUGAAGGAGAUCACAAUACUCGAUACUUCCAUACGAUGGUUCAGGGUCAUCGGAUCAGAUCACGUAUGAAGUCUAUCAGGACACAGGCAGGGAAAGUUUUAGCCACUCCGAUUGAUAUUCAGACUUCAGCUAUGGCAUUCUACCAGAACAUUCUAUCUGCUUCACCACAAUCUUUGGACCCCAUUCGUCCAGAUAUCAUUCCCAGGCUUUUAACGGUGGAUGAUAAUAUGGAACUAAAUUGUCCCCCUUUGAUUCAUGAGGAGGAUGUUUACAUGGUAGUAUUGGAUUUUUUUUAUGGUGGUCAUCUUCCUCGAGGUUUUUCAGCUACUACUAUUGUCUUGUUCCUGAAGAAGGAUGUUGCUUGUAGAUGGACCGAUUUCAGACCCAUCAAUUUAUGUACGGUGUUCAACAAGCUUAUUACUAAGCUUCUGAACACUCGAUUGAGUGCAUUGCUACCACGCAUUAUCUCUCCAUAG